AGCGGAGACAGCUGAUACCGUUUCGCGCGCUCUCGAGUUCUCUCAAGAUUGUUGAUGAGUGCCCGUUUUCUGUAAGCUGACAAACUGAACGUCGUGGAAGACGGUAGGAAAUAUGGAUUCUAGCGUACGUGAUCAACUUGAAAGCGAAGUCGUCUACGAUCGUCACGUCGCAACGUACAAGUGGCUUGCGUCGAAAUUCGAUCUUCAUACAAACACUGCCAAGAGGUACCUGAAGGAGUUUACAAACGAGCAAGAGGCCGAUGGAAGCAAUGUCAUCGGGCAUUCUGUCAUUACUGGCAUACAGAACAAGAUCUACCGCGUUAUCUUGACAGCAAGGCAGUCUGUGUCUGAAGCCAAAAACGAUCUGACAACUGUGACGGGUGUUCAUGCAUUCAGUGCCCAGCCUUCGAACCUGGAGGACUGCAUAGACCGACUAACAGAAGCAGGGACGUCCGACUUCAAGCUGAGCGUGUGCCCCAUUUACUGCGAAGCAGCGCAGAGGACGCGAGGCACUAGAAAGGGUCUCAAUGGAAUCUCAACUGUGGCAGAAAGAAAAGCUGUUUCCCCUGCAAAGCCUCCUUCUCGUGCACAGGACUCCAAGCCGGUGCCAACGAAAAGUGAGCCGGUCAAGACAGAGAAGGAUAAACCUACGCCAACAUCGAAGGGCUCAGCCAAAUCAAAGCCCAAGCAGAACAACCUGGCGGCUGCCUUCGGCAAGGCUCGAACUGGAGCUGCUAGUGCGUCAUUGAAGUCGACACCACCCGCAGAGAAGAAGGAUGCAGGCGACAGCAAAGUGACACCGAAAGGUACACCUUCCAGUGGCGAGGCAAUGAAGAGGAAGAGUGUCGACAAAAGUCCGAGCGACAAGUCCACGCCCGAAAAGAAGCGAAUCAAGACGGAGGUGCCAGCUUCUCCAGAGGUGUCCUCCGUGACAAGAAAGAAGCCAUCGCGGAAACACGUCAUCAGUGACUCGGAAGAUGAAGAAGACGAAGUAACACAAACAACGACACCGGCCAGUUCAGAAAAUGCCACAAGUGCUGUAUCCAGUGCUGCCACAAGUGCGGGCGACAAAUCUUCGGCAAAGUCCUCGCCAGUCUCGGGCACCCAAGGUGGUCAGAAGAAGCGUCGACGAGUGAUGAAGUCGGUCAAGAAGACUUUCAAGGACGAGGAAGGAUUUCUGGUAACCAAGCUGGUAAAGGAACUUGUGAGUGAGUCUGAUGAUGAUGAUGAAGAUCCCCUUCCCAAGAAUUUGAGAGAGAAGGCUGCUUCAGAGAAACCAGCUGGAAAAAAGAAGGCGGCAGCGUCGACAGACAAGAAGCAGCAGUCAUUGCUAUCGUUCUUUGGAAAGAAAUAGCAGGAAAAGGCUUUAGAAAGGAUUGGCAUCUUUCGCUGUGGGACACUUUAGUACUAUGCCAAUUUAUCAUAAGAACUUCAUAGGCAUUAUUCAACUGACAUAAGAGCAUUAUUCCUGUGCUUCUGUUACUAUAACUGUGGCAAGCAUGAAUUUUUGCUAUGGACAAAUCACACUUGAAGAGCUGCAGCAAAUUCGGUGAAACAGCACAUGAGAAAUGUGAACAAUUAAAAUACAGUGAAUGUAACUGAA